GUCGAACUAUGUACAGCUUGAAGUAUGUGCUGCUUCAUGACAAUCAGCAGGUCCUGAACUUGAUUGGUUUGCCGGGAUCUGGAAAGACCACUUUGGCUGAAACACUGUGUCAUGACGAUGACGUCAGAGCAGAUAAAUUCAACAAUAGCAUCAUCUUUGAGAAGAUGGGGUCGCAGGGUAAAAGCAGAGAAGCGUUCAUGAAAUUGAAAGAAAAAUUGUCCAAUCAAGCAUAUCCGGUACUAUUGGUACUGGAUGAUGUUUUGUCUGACUGGGAAAAUAUCAUUGAGUGGUUAACGGGUUCAAGAUCACCGGAUUCUAAAAUCUUGGUGACUUCAAGAGGUCAAAUUACAACGCUUGGCACCACAUACAGCAUGGAAUUGCUUUCUCCCGAAGAUGCAGAAAUCCUUUUCCUUCACUUUGUUCGACCAAGUGACAUCGACUUUGGUGACCGUCGAAUACGUGAAAUGCUUCGUCAGAUCGUUAACGGCUGCAAGGGCUUAGCUUUGGCUAUUGAAUUCAUGGCUCGAGACCUCCGAAGGAAGCCUAUUGAAGAGUUUCAAAAGGUGCAGUCAGAUUUGUCGCGAGGUGGCUCUAUUCUUGAUUCAAAUGAAGACUUGCGUGCUCGUCUCCAAGAUUUCUUAGAUGAAUCCAACAAGGAGUUUUUUAUGGACCUUGGGUUAUUCACUGAAGAUCAAGAUAUCCCCAUCACUGCAUUAAUAGACAUGUGGAUUGAACUGUACGAACUAGAUGAACUUGGUAUAUCUGCUAUGAUCGCCAUCUACAAAUUAAUAGCCCUGGGUUUUGCUGCCAGGAUCAAAGUGCCAAGCAGGGCUGGUGGUAGCGAUCUGGACAAUUACUACAGUAACCACUUGCUCAUGCAGCAUGGUCUUUUGAGAGAGCUGGCCAUCCGUACAAGCAACGAGGAACCAGCUGAGAGUAAGGGAAGACUGAUCCUUGACAUGUUUGGAAAUCAUCAGCGUCCUUAGUGGUGGCCCAAGCGCAGAGUAGAUGCUCCUAUGCUGUCAAUGUCAACUGAUCAAAACGCUGCUCCAGAAUGGUUCAAAAAUCAAGCAGCUGGUGCUGUGGUUCUGAUUUUGAAUCUUAAGGCUAGAGAGUUCAAGUUGCCUGAAUCCAUUAAAAGAAUGAGAAACCUGAGGGUUCUUAUUCUCACCAAUUAUGGUGUGGAAUAUCAAACUGAAUUCACAAACCCAGGGCUGCUUGCUUCUCUAGGGAAACUGAGGAGGAUCAGAUUGCAGCAGGUUUCACUUCCUUACCCAUGCAAACUGAAGAACGUGCGCAAGUUAUCUCUUUACAUGUGUAAAGUGAGGGAGGCUUUUGAAGACAACUCUUUGGAAUUCUCAAAAGCAAUGCCGAGUCUGGUUGAGCUGAACAUUGAUUAUUGCAAAGAUUUGGAGAGGUUGCCUGCUGGGUUUUGCAAUAUAACCACAAUGAAGAAGCUGAGCAUCAGUAGUUGCCACAAGUUUGUUGAACUUCCCCAAGAAAUUUGGAAACUUGAGAAGUUGGAGUUGCUAAGAAUUAGUCACUGCGCUGAGUUUAAGGAGAUGCCGGAGUCAAUCACUUGGUUGAAGAGUCUAAUCUUUCUCGAUAUCUCAUACUGCAUAAAGCUUGAGAAAUUACCGGACAAUUUGGGAGAGCUAAGGAGCCUAAAACAGCUGUAUAUGACGAAUUGUCCAGUAAAUAAAUUGCCAGAGUCGGUCGUCCACAUGGAACAAUUAGAGAUUGUGAUAUGCGACGAAAAUACUUAUGUUUAUUGGGAAGAUAUCAAAGCUUGUCUCAACAGAGGACUAUACAUAAAGAAGGCCGCGCAAAAUGCAGACUUAAAUUUUCUUUUCUGAAGAUGAUCUCUCCUCAGGCUUCAACCUUGGACUCUGGGUUUACCAAAGCUGUUUUGUCUUCUGAGUUUUGAGUCAUCUCGAGACAUUCCUUUCCCUGCUUUUGGUCGAUUGGCUUGUCUGUUUGCUUGUUUUUUUGGGUUGUCCUGAAAAUUACCUCACAUGUCCAUAUCAAUAUUGUAUCCGAUAUCGAUAUUCAUCAAUACUUC